UUACACCGUGACGUCAUUUGACAGCUCGCGUGCACUGUUUACAUAGACUUAGUCGCGUUCGAACGGAAAGUGCUGGGUAUUUUUUUAUUCAAAAUCGGCCGAAAUUACAAAAGUCAGGUGGAAACCGAAGGCGAAGUGGGCGGCAAACUUGUCUACAUGCUCGCUGAACCCGAACGAAAACGAAGCCGUGCUGCUGACGGAGAUGGUCAAGCAAUGCCUUGUUCCGACGCUCUGCCUGGAAUGACCGAUCACCAAGGACAUGCAAGUCCCAGAAAACUACCGCACCGUCUUCCGACCGCUUAUGCUCCAGCUCCAGCUCCCGAGGACAUGGUCAAGUUCAAUCUCGAGCGCUGCAACCUCGCCCUCCUCCACCAGCAGAACACCGGCAGACUCUUCAUCGUCCUGUUUGAGAAGAAAAAGAAGCUGCUCUCGGAGGUACUACCAGUUCGUACUAAUUUGAACCAAGGACAAACUGUCCUUUUCCGUCAGGCCCACGUCAAGAAUCGACAACGGAAAACCUCCGAGAGCAGCUUCUUUUUCUUCUCAAACAGGACGAUGAAGAGUCUGCCGGUGUUCUGCUGGUGGAGGAGGGCGAGGUUGCAGCGCUCGAGAUUGAACUUGACCAUGUCCUCGGGAGCUGGAGCUGGAGCAUAAGCGGUCGGAAGACGGUGCGGUAGUU